AUGUCUGUAUCUACCUUUCAAUCUCUACCAACACCAUCAUCAACACCACCUCCAGAAUUAGACAAGUACAUCAUUGAUGAAUCACCUUGCUUUGAAAAGAGGCGGCAACAACCACCAAUUCCGCGGUUGCAGUUGUACAGCCAAUUUUUCCUGCUGGUACAAAAAUAUCUCAAAGAGCUCGACGGCCGUGACAAGAGCAUAAAGAUCAUCCAAUACGCAUUCAAGAUCCUGCUACAUCAUGGACUCGUCAAUCCAAAGAAAUGGUCGAGCAUGGUCAGCAGCUUCUCAAUGACGCGCAAGAUACUACGACUGGGUCUAGCGAUUGGCCCUACUCGCAAGCUACUCCUUGAACCCACACCGUCGCUAUGGAAUUCAUGUGUCCUUGUCAACGAGAUUGGAAAUACAGUAGCAGACGACAUUUAUUGCUUGUACAAGCUAGGCGUAGUCAAUGGCAAAUUCGGCAAACGAGCAGAAGUAAUAUCCAUGUAUUGUUGGUUCCUUGGCAUCAUGCAUGAUUUACACGAGAACUAUCAAUCAUUACAACAACUGAAAGCCAACAACAAGCCUGAUCAGCAAGAAAAGAUAUUCAUGACACAAAUUAGUCUAUCAAAAUUAAUGAUGGAUGGCAUCUUUUGUGCUUGUGAUAUUUGGUCACCGUCAUUUGCAAAUGGUGUUCAAGCAUGGUCCGGUUUCUUCAGUGGAGCAUUAUCAGGUUACAAGCUGUGGCGGAAAUGUGCAUCUUCAUCAUCAUCUUCAUCCUCGUGA